GCAUCGUGACGCAGAAGGUCUGCGCCGUACGCCGAGCCACGUCGUGCUGUCAUCAGGUCUCGCCCGCGUGGCUGUGGGCGUGGCUAGCGUGGCUUCUCGGGACCACCUGAACUCGCGGCCAUGGCCCCGGCCGCCGCCAGCCCCCCGGAGGUGAUCCGCGCGGCGCAGAAGGACGAGUACUACCGCGGUGGGCUGCGGAGCGCGGCGGGCGGCGCCCUGCACAGCCUGGCGGGUGCGAGGAAGUGGCUGGAGUGGAGGAAGGAGGUUGAGCUGCUCUCAGAUGUGGCCUACUUUGGCCUCACCACACUUGCAGGCUACCAGACCCUGGGGGAGGAGUACGUCAGCAUCGUCCAGGUGGACCCGUCACAGACACGUGUGCCCUCCUGGCUGCGCCGUGGCGUGCUGGUGACACUGCAUGCCGUCCUGCCCUACCUGCUGGACAAGGUCCUGCUCCCCCUAGAGCAGGAGUUGCAGGCUGAUCCUGACAGUGGGCGGCCUUCGCAGGGGAGCCUGGUGCCAGGUGGGCGUGGCUGCUCAGGGGUGCGACGCUGGGUGCGGCGCCACACGGCCACCCUGACUGAGCAACAGAGGAGGGCGCUACUGCGGGCGGCCUUCGUCCUCAGACAGGGCCUCGCCUGCCUCCAGCGGCUACAUGUUGCCUGGUUUUACAUCCACGGUGUCUUCUACCACCUGGCCAAGAGGCUCACGGGGAUCACGUACCAGGCGCUGAGGCCAGAUCCCCUCAGGGUCCUGAUGGGUGUGACGCUGUCUGCCUUACAGCUCCGUGUCCGCAGCCUGCCCGGAGAGGACCUGAGGGCCCGUGUUAGCUACAGGCUGCUGGGGGUCGUCUCGCUGCUGCACCUGGUGCUGUCCGUGGGGCUGCAGCUGUAUGGCUUCAGGCAGCGGCAGCGAGCCAGGAAGGAGUGGAGGCUGCACCGCGGCCUGUCUCACCGCAGGGGCUCCCUGGAGGAGAGAGCGGUUUCCAGAAACCCCCUGUGCACCCUGUGCCUGGAGGAGCGCAGGCACCCGACAGCCACGCCCUGCGGCCACCUGUUCUGCUGGGAGUGCAUCACGUGCGUUUGUCAGGCAGCGGAGUGUCCCCUCUGCCGGGAGAAGUUCCCUCCCCAGAAGCUCAUCUACCUUCGGCACUACCGCUGAGCCGGCGCCCAGGUGGCCCUGGACACAGAUGACUUCUACGGAAGUCUGAACGCAAGAUUUAGUCUCAAGAUGAACCCUACUUGCACAGAAAUUAGAACAUUCUCACAGGUUUUCUAUCAUGUAAGAUACUAACCCAGCCACCCCAGGAGAGAACAGAAAGCUGUCGCUGACUGUGCUUUCUCAGCCCUGGGAGGGGCGCUAACCCCAACCUGGUAUGACUCAGCCACUUCUUCAGGAAUUUCACUUAUUUGGACAGGAUUUUAGGUUUCCCUCCCUUCCCCAAACCAUACAGUUGAGAAGUAAUUGAGAAGUAGGUCAGAAGACACUUUAUUCAUUUAUAUCGUGAGAAAAUGGUUCCAUCAGGCUUGUAUUAAGGCAAUGGACUGAAUGAGUGCAUGUUGAGUUGGGAGGGGGCACGGGGGGCUGGCGGUUUGCUUCAGCCAGUGUGGUCAGAACAGCAGCCCCACGGCCCCCAUCGGAGGGGGUCAGGCUCGCCCCCAGAGUAGCUGGGCAGAGAGAAACCAACCAAGGUCAGCACCUCCGUCUGAAGCAUUUGGCACACACCUUCAAAACACAUCAAGGCUGCUUCCAGUUUCAGAAAAUAGAAAUCUGCAUCUCGGGCCUGACAUGCACACAGAGCUCUCCUCCUGACCCAAACGCACUCACGUGCCAGGUCCUAGGGAUUGGGGGGCUGCCGGGGUGCCUAAGCCCUCUCCUGGGGGCCCGCUGGGCAGGCGACCUGCUGACCCAGCGUCACUGCUGUGCUCAGCCCUUCAGCUCGGCCCUAGCCUACUUCCUGCCUCCAUUUGACAUUUCCAGGUUUUCAAAAUUGCAUUUAACCUGUGCCAGAGACUUCACCAUAGGCAUCUUUAAUAAACUAACUCCA